AUGUCGGAUGACGACGAUUUCGAUGGCGCCCCGCCACGCGAUGCCGUGGUGGAUCGGAGGGGCAAACGUCAAGUACUAGCUACCGGAUUUGGAAUGCCUUUCUUCUUAGCGUACUUGUUAAGUGCUGGCUUCGGGAAGACGGCUGCUUCCUCUAGCUACCCUGCAGUCGCACACCAUGACUAUUGUCGUAGUAAGAUCCGACAGCGUGAUUUCACUCGUACAUCAACCAGCUUCCAAAGGUCGGACGCUUCCCAAUCGGAAUGCAACUUGCUCAGCCCAAGGAAAAUAACGACUCUUGUUCUUGGACUGCCAGGAUUUUCGGUGCCGGCACGCAUUCUGUUCCCCCUUCAAUAUGGAUGUGCCCGUGCAAGAUUUACCGGUGCUGAAGAAAUUGACUUCUGUGAAGUUGAGUCUGCAUCCCAUCUUGCAGUACGGCGUAGUUGUGGCCAAGAUCCAACCGCCACCAGCACCCCGAGACAUGUUUCGAGUAGCAUGGACGACAAUGCACUCAAAGAUUCAGUCGAAAUAUCUACAAGAUCCUCUCACCUUACAAUAUUGAAUCUCAUCAAGCAUUGCGCACUGGCCGUUUUAAAAACCAUGGAUGACCAAGAUUCCCUUGGUAUUGUCAUCUUCUAUGAAAAGGCACUGACAUUAUACCCCAUCAAAAAAAUGAGCCCGCAGAACAAGAAUGCUGCCGAGCGUACUUUGCGAAACCUGACGACGCAGCGUGGAACCACCAAUAUCUGGGCGGGUAUUGACAUGGCACUGGAUAUGUUUGAGGAGGCAGACACUACCGGCCAGGUCCCUGCUAUUAUACUUUUGUCGGAUGGAGUGACAACUUGCGCUUAUCCCUCGUGCGGCUUGACCAACGCUUUGCGCGGACGGAUGCCAUUCAAACCCUCAAUACACACGUUUGGCCUUGGACCCAACCACGACUCAAGGUUGAUGGCUUCCGUUGCUAACAUUGGUGAUGGAACUUAUUGUUUUGUUUCGAACAUGGCCAUUAUGCAAACAUUGUUUGUGCACACCAUGGCAAAUUUGCGAUCAACAUAUGCUACUCGCGCGACGCUACAGGUAACUUGUACCAACAAUAUCGUCAUUUCCGACGACCUGAGGCAGAGAAGAGAUGACACCGAUGACGGAUCUCUCGCCUUGUAUCUGGGAAACAUACAAUAUGGACAGUCUCGCGACAUUGUGCUCAAAGUCCAACCAGCUCGAUACGAAGCCGCGAGUGCCCUGGAUCAAUAUGUUGCUGCCACAGUAACCCUGAGACCGGUCUUGGAAGGGCUUGGAAUGUCCAAGAAUAGAAAGUCAACAAUAUGCUUGGCAGACAAGUCACGAUUGCCAGAAGGUGAACUCGCCUACCAUGCAUCACGUGGCUAUAUAUGCUCAUUCUUGGCCGAUCUCCUCGGUGCAGAGGCAAAUGGUGACAUUCGUAUUCCAUUGGUAGACUUGGAAACCAGAUUGGAUAAUUUCGACAGCCUCAUUCACGAGAUUCCCGCGCAAGACUACCAUGAUGAACUCAACCGGUCUCUGAUGAAGGAUUUAAACGGUGCACAACUACAAAUCUCAACUGCACUUGACAGUGACGAACAUUACGAAAGCUGGGGUAAACACUAUCUGGCUGGUUUGUUAUCAGCCCAUGCGCGGCAGGUUCGCAGCUCGUUUCAGGCCGUCGGCCCGCUGCAAUACGGCGUAAAUAGUCGAUUGUUCAAUUCUUGCCACCACCGUCUGACACGGGUGUACAAUACUAUGCCACCACCAAAACCGGCGGCCCAGGCGAUUCGCAGUGGUACCUGUCCUACGGCGCACCGUGACGCGAGGGUACACAAUAAUGCAACUAGUCAGAUGCACAAUGUCACCGAACCAAGGCACGGAGGCGACGCCGCGUCGACCAAGCAAGAAUCGACCCAAGUCCUUGAGAGUGCCAUGCCGACCAUGCCUGGACAAAAAAGAUCUUUCGAAACCAUGAACUGGAAUCAGGAUGGCCGAAAAGAACCUGACGACGACGGCGACAGCCAAGCGACAGCCAUGACGCCCGGUCCCUCGCAAAAUGCGGCCUGCUUUGCGCACGGCACGCCCUUGACGCUCGAAGCGGGAGUGACCGCUGAGGUUCAGGACCUUCGCUACGGAGAUAUGGUUCAGACACUCGCCGGACGGCGCCUCGUCGUGGGUGUGCUGCGUACAUUUGUCGAGAACGAAGUGCUCUGCAGGUUGGGCGACGUCCUCGUUACCGCCUGGCACCCCGUCUCGUUUGACGGCAUCGCGUGGGGUUUCCCAGUGCACCUCACCGUGGAUCCGAUUAUGUACACGGGAGACGUCUACUCAAUCCUGCUCGAGGUGGACCGCCGACCGUUUGCCCACACGGUGCUGGCCGGAGGCCUCUGGGGCACCACGCUGGGACACGGCAUCACCGGCGGCGGCGAGGGCGCGAAUGACGUGCGCGCUCACCCUUUUUUCGGAGACUACCUAUCGAUAUGCGACAAGAUUGCGGUACUGCGUCGGAUAAAUGGCGCGUAUCAGUGCUAUGGGGUGACGAGGGACAGGAAGACAGGCUUGGUGAAUGGGUUCAGGACUUGCGAGGCAAAGCCUGAUGCGAGUGACGCUCAGCCUUGA